AUGGCAGAAAGACAUAUUGACCCAGAUAAGGAAUAGCUAAUUCAAGAUGCAUUAAUCAAAUUGAUAUUAGAAUAGCAAGGAUUGACCUUAGAAGAGAUGGAGUAUAAGAUAACAGAACAUUUGGCAACUCUAUUAAAUGGUGAAACCUGGCUAUGUAGAAUAUAGUUGCAGCCCCAUGCCUUGGAUGAGAGGGACAAACCUGAGGAGUAUUUGUUGGAUUAACAAUAACUUGAUAUUAACAAAACACUUUUAUUUGAACAAGGAAAAGGAAAAGAGAAGAUGAUGCUAGCAACAGAAGAUUAUAAAGUAUUUAUCAUAAGAAUUGAAUUAAAUAUCGAUAGUGCGUUGAGAAAUAGGAUCGAUAAGUAUUUUAAAAGGCUCUCAUAAUAUAAUGCUGUUGUUGAUGUAGAAGUAGAGAAGGUUAAGAAAAAUUUUUAGAAAUUAAGUUAUUUUGAGAUCGCUUGCAUUGCUAAGUACUUGGACCAUAUGGACAUAGAAAACUUUAUCAGAGUUUCCAAAUCUUGCCACUAUUCAGGAUGCCUUGCAAUCACUCAGAAUAUUCAAGCAUUUAAAGAACAAGUAGAUAAAACCAAUUUUCAAGAAGAUGAAAAAUACUUGAAGGAGUUCUUGCAAGAGGAUAUUGAUAAGCAUAUUGACAAGGAGUAUGAUAUUGAAAGGGUUUUAGUUACUGAGUUAAACACCAAUAUAACCAAUUGCUAUGUUUAGGAAGAUGUGCUUAAAAGAUAUAAACUGUGGAAUGUUGGUUAGCAAUAAAUUAGUAAUGUAUCGGAUAAUGUAAAAGUUCUCUACGAAUUCCUUUAGGAUUCUAUUAAGAUUUUAUCAAUUAGAGAAAACCCCCUUUUACAGAUAAACAAAAAGAUGAAUGCCUGUUUCUAAAUGAAGAGUACAUAUCUUGCAUUCGAUAUUGAUAAGUAGAUGUAAAAAUAUAGUGAAGAGGAAAGGGCAUAAGCAAUGAAGGUUUACCAUGACUUGCCAAUAUUGAAUAGAAUGUAGAAUCAAGCAAAUGUAAUUAUGAGAACGAAUAAUUUUGCUACUGAAACAAGCACGGAAAAAAAAUGCCUUCAAAUUAUAAGCAUACUAUGCUCUGAAAAUUACAAGGCUUUUCUUUUUGUGGCAAGCGUAGAUGGAAAACCUCAGUACACUUAUGCAGGUCGCAAUUUUUUAAACUAGCCCCCAUUUCUUAGAUAAGUGAAAACAAUGCCUGCUACAAACAUAAUGGAAGCCAAAAAAUUCAGAGAUAAAUAUGGACCCACUGAAAGAGAGAUUUAGUACUUUUUAAGAACUUAAAGAUAGACAGAAAACAUACUAAUCUCAUUCAUCAAUUCUGUAUUUGAAUACUUUUAUAAGGAAAGAGAAAAAUUAAAAAGUAGAUCAGAGAUAUUUAGAUUAAUACUUGAGUAGGAGGAAAGCAUGCAUAGAGGCAAUUUCUAAGAUUUGUAAAAGUAUUUCAAGAAAUAUAAACCUAAGCUUUACGAGGAAAAUUUUGUCAAAAGUUGA